GCCCGCGGCGUCCGAGGCCGAGGGGCCCGCGGGAGGCCCCGCCAGCUCCGGAGAGGGAGGGGGCGUGGCUUCCCGGCAGGGCUUGUGGCCGCGCCUCAGUCCCGCCCCCAUCGGCAGCGGCCUCCGCGCGCCAAAAUCAAACCCCGGGGCCCGCCGGCUGGAGAACCUGUUGCGGCGGGAGCUCGGCUUGCGUGUCAGGUCACGUUCGGCAGCGGCGCGAGCCCCAGCGCGCGCACCUGUGGCCUCUUCCCAGCCCUCCCUGCUAGCGCCCCGGGCCGCCGCAAGACCAGAAUGGCCACCCCGCCGAAGAGGAGCUGCCCAUCUCCCGCGACCGGCUCUGAGGGGACCCGCAUCAAGAAAAUUGCCGUCGAAGGCAACAUCGCUUCAGGGAAGACCACAUUCGUGAAUAUCCUUAAACAGGUCUGUGACGAUUGGGAAGUGGUUCCUGAACCUGUUGCCAGGUGGUGCAAUGUUCAAAAUGCUCAAGGAGACUGUGAGGAACUGACGACAUCUCAGGAAAGUGGUGGAAAUGUUCUUCAGAUGAUGUAUGAGAAACCUGAACGAUGGUCUUUUACCUUCCAGUCAUAUGCCUGCCUCAGUCGAAUACGAGCCCAGCUUGCCUGCCUUGAUGGCAAGCUCAAAGACGCAGAGAAACCUGUAUUAUUUUUUGAGCGAUCUAUAUAUAGUGACAGGUAUGUCUUUGCAUCGAAUUUGUAUGAAUCUGACUGCAUGAAUGAAACAGAGUGGACAAUUUAUCAAGACUGGCAUGACUGGAUGAAUCAACAGUUUGGCCAAAGCCUUGAACUAGAUGGAAUCAUUUAUCUUCGAGCCACUCCAGAGAAAUGCUUGAAUAGAAUAUAUUUACGGGGAAGAAAUGAAGAACAAGGCAUUCCCCUUGAAUAUUUAGAGAAGCUUCACUAUAAGCAUGAGAGCUGGCUACUGCAUAGAACACUGAAAACCAACUUUGAUUUUCUACAAGAGAUCCCUAUCUUAACAUUGGAUAUUAACGAAGACUUUAAAGACAAACAUGAUGGUCUGAUUGAAAAGGUCAAAGAAUUUUUGAGCACUUUGUGAUUUUGCUGAAGACUACAGGCAGCCAAAUGAUUCCAGAUACUUCAGCUUUGUGUAUCUUCGUAGCUCAGUAUUCAUACAAGUCUCUAGAAAACCCAGGUUUUUUACCAUUUUUGUUCCAAGAAAAAAAUUGUUUUGAUGAAUUCUAUGUAAAAGUUUAUGAGCUGUUUCUUUUCUUUUUUGCCUUAAAAAAAUAAGACAUCUAAUUAUCUCUCACAACAAAAGGUCUGGAGGUAGAUGGUUCCAGUGUUAGUACUGCCUAAACUACAUCACAAAGGACCCAGCCUCCUUCUGUCUUUCCCCUUGUUAUUCUCCUCAGCAGGUUGGCUUCCCCCCUCCCCUCACCAGUUUCUUAACUGGGAGCUUUAAUGGUAUAUAGUCAAUGGUAAUGUACCCUGUGUAAAUUAAUGUACCUAUUGCAAGCUGGAAAGUGGAAUUUAAGGAGCCGCUAUAAAAGGAUUAUGAAGUUUUAAAUACUUUUGAUCAAGUGUCUCCCCUACCAUCUUAAUUUAUGUGGAAGAUAAAACCAUUUUAGUAUUUAAUCACUUCAGUGAUAUUUAUGAAUGUGUCUAAAAUUCGUUCAUUAAGGAGCAGGUCAGACUUUGCUCCCAUUUUGUAAUGGCAUAAACUAUCUUACAAGUAUUUAAUCUUUUUUUCUGCUUUUGUUUCCACAUCUGUGGUAUGGGUGAGACUACAUCUUUUUCUAUGGGAUUUUAGAGGAUUAAAGCAGAAAUGAUAACCCAAAAUGUUUCUGUACUUAAAAGAUAAAUGAGGGGUGCCUGGCUGGCUCAGUUGCUUAAGUGUCUGCCUUUGGCUCAGGUCAUGAUUCCAGGGUCCUGGGAUCGAACCAGGCUCCCUGCUUCUCCCUCUCUUACUCUCCCUUGCUUGUGUUCCGUUUCUCACUGUCUCUCUCUCUCUCGCUCGCUGUUUAAUAGAUUAAUAAGACCUUAAAAAAAAAAAAAAUCUUCUAAAAAAAAAAAAAGAAAAAAGUAUAAAGAUUCAAUUUAUAUGGAGCCUGAAGUAGCUACCUACAUUCUCUCAGGCCAUUCUUUUAGAAUGGACUAUUACUCUUAUAGUUAAAAGAUUGGUUUAAAAUAUGAUUGUCUUUAACUCAUUGGAGGUGAAGGUAUAGUUUUCCCUAAAUUUCUUCCCAUUUUUAUUGGUAAAAAUUUAGUGGACCAGAGCAAGGGAUAAGUUUUUCUAUUUUAUUUUUUGUUGACCCUGUGCUGGGAAUGAGUUGUUUUCAUUACCUUUAUAGUUGGUGAGAGUCAGAAGAGAAAUUGAAGACAAGACAAGAUGAUCUUCUUAGCAGUAUAGUCUCUUUUAUUCCAGCUCUUACUUUCUGCCGUACCCUGCUUUCCCUGCUGUCUGGAUUAAUUAGGCAGCCUGCUAUUUUCUUCUUCUUCUUCUUUUUCUUUCUUUUUUUUUUUUAGUAAUCUCUGUACCCAUCGUGUGUCUCCAACCCAUGACAUCAAGAUCAAGAGUUGCAUGCUUUUCUGACUGAGCCAGACCCGCACCCUGGUGGCCUGCUAUUUUAAAGUUUAAAUGAAAGUCACACAUUUCUACUUUGAGAACAUCAUGACCACUCGUCACUUCACAGUUUGCUCUGCUUCUCUGUAGGGUUAGACCCUAAGGUUUUUUCCUUCUCCUUUAAAUGACUGAUAAAAAUCAUCUUGUUUUAUAUGUUCUGUAUCUUGAAAGCAUUAUCAUUUUUGUUAAAUAUAUCUUAGGAAAUAUAUAUAAUAAAGAAGACAAAGAGGUAGAGUAGUUGUAACUUUUAAAAGCUGCAUGGGUUCAUUUUAUUAGGUCUGUAGAUAAAGGUUUUUUUUCCCCUCAAGUUUGUUUAGGUAAGGUGUGUAGUGUUUUUUCUAUGUAUUUAAUCUUUCUACUUGACAUUUUGGAAAAAUUCUGUGUUUGAAAGGAGGGGAAGAGUCACUUUAACUUUGAAACUUAUUUUCCUUUUUAAAAUGUCAUUUUUUGUUUUGGUUUUUAGAUAAUCAAGGAUGAUAAUUUUGUAGGUUAAACAUUCCAGAUGCACUGAUCUUUGAAAGGGAGACUGUCUCAAGUCCUACACUCACCAUGAAUAUUGAAACUAUUACAUGAUAUUGUACAGGGUGUUUUUGUUUGUGUGUGAUACAAAUGAAUUUUCUUACUAAAUAUUAGCUUAAUAAAUAAGUAUAAACCUCA